GGCGUUCGAUGCCCCGUGGCAAUUAGGUCAUCACAAAUGUUGUUAUUGUUUUCAACAAUUUGUUAAUUUCAAUGUUCUGCCAAACAGUUGGUAAAGAAACUGCCUUAAAUUCAUGAAGAUCUUGCUUAUUGCUUCGCUGACGUCGGAGACUGGAAAUUUUUCCACAGCCGAUCGAAUAAAGAGAUGUUUAAGUGAUUGUAACGUUGAUUGCUGGCUUCGCUGUGUUACCUGUUUCAAGGAUAGUUUGUCAGUCAAGGAAUUUGUUUACAAACAUAAUCUGGCAUGUGUUCUUGGUAUUCAUGCGUGGAGAACUGGAAGACUUUUGUUAGAUUGCCCUGUACCUUUCUCCAUCAUAUUUGGAGGAACUGAUCUUAAUGAGCACUACAAGAACAAGGACAAGUUGGAAACUAUGAGAAAAGCAGUAGAAAAGGCAAGGUAUCUUGUUGCAUUUAGCAAUUCAAUGAAAAAGCAAGCCCGGGAUCUAUGGCCAAAGUGUGAAGAAAAGAUCAUUUUACAGCCACAAGGUAAUAUUAUUAUUAUGUUACAAUAUGUUUAUCUGUCUGGCAUACCCACUGCCAUUGCAUUGAACCAUGACUGCAAAGGUAGCUCAUGUUACUGUUAUCAGUCACUGUUAUCAGUCACUGCUGUCAGUGGUGGCAGGGUUUGUGCUAUUCCUAGAAUUUCUGGAAAACUCCUGGGAAUCUCAGAUUUUCUUCUUCAGGGCCUUGGAGAAUGCGGGUUAAUUAAUUUUUUUAUUAUUUUGAUUAGUUGUUUCUCUUUUUUCAUAGAUCCACAGAAGCGGUGUCCAAUGCUAAAUGGUUGCAUUGAACAUGAGAGCCCUGGCAUGGUUGUGUUUCUGUUGGUUGCUGGUUUAAGACCAGUUAAAGAUCCACUUUACUUGGCAGCAUCAAUAGCAGAGUGGCAUAAAGAGGACCAUCUUGUCCACUUGGUUGUAGUUGGACCAGAGCUUCACACUGAAUUUGCGAGAGAGGUCAAAUGCAAAGUCCAGAGAUUUCCUGGAGUCAUUGUAUUGCCAUCAUUACAAGCUUGUGACCUUCAUGCAGCAAUGCAAACUUGCUUUGCCGUUGUCAACAGUUCAACCAGUGAAGGAAUGGCAUCUGCAGUUCUAGAGUCCAUGGCAUUGGGUGUACCUGUACUGGCACGGAAUAUCCCUGGUAAUUCUGCUCUGAUAAAACACCGAGAGACGGGACUUCUCUUCAAUACACCUGAAGAAUUUGUCACCUUUGCCAAAGAGUUAAAGGAAUCUCCCUCACUUUGCCAUUACAUAACAACAAAUGCAAAAAAGUAUGUUUGUGAACAUCACUCUAUUGAAGGCGAAAAGAAAACAUACAAGGGGCUUCUGGACAAGCUUGCUCCACACUAACAGCUAGACCAAUGACUCUGACAACUUCAAAGAGAACCAGAAAGAACAGUUGAAGGUGUGAAAAUCAACACAGUUAAAACAUGGGGCUCUGAUGCAACACAGCAUGCUAUGAUCAAGGGACACAA